AUGAGCCAGUCGACGCAGAAAAAAGAGUCACAGAGGGACGAAGACUCAGUAGAUUCCACCGUCGACUCAGCAACCGCUUCGUUAGCUCAGAAACGAAAGACUGCACGCUCCCCCGGGACGAAGACAUCGCUUCGAAGAGUAGGACUGGAGGCUCAGAGAUCUAAGGCUGGCCUUACGAAGCCAACCUUGAGACUCCAUGAAGAGGCAGACCAAACACCAAAACUUGUGACAGCAUAUGCUGUGGCAGAGCAAUUUGACCUGGCCAAAGUCGUCGAGAUUCUUCGCAAUAAAGGUUACGAACCCGAUCCACUCGGCACUGGACUAUUUCCACAGGUCGUCCACGUCCAAGUACCCAUCUCCUCAAUCUACCGUUCCACCAAUCCCUCCGCCAGGGACCUGUCGUCGACAGAAGUCGGUGAUGUGUUUGUCUUCCCAUCGGGUACGGUGGUAACGUGGGCUUUACCUGACGGGUUUACUUCAUACUUUGCAACACGCACUCUCCUUCCUGCCGCAGAAAAUCCUCAUAAAGAACCUAUUGAGACCGAGGACUUGGAUUAUAUUGAAGAUCCAAACCGUGAACACAGCCUCAUCCGUGGCGAAACGAUCGUCCUGGGAACGAAAAAGUCAGAGUAUCAAGAACCACCUUCAUCAACAGACUAUACACAGGCCGAAUCGCAGUUUCAGACUGUCGAUACAGUACUUACUAAGAUUGCCUUUUCCUCGGGGUUUGCUCGCUCCACCAAACUCGCCGUCCUUGAGACGAACCUUUCCACUUAUCUAGCCUCUACGGCGGACAUCCCGGCUCUUCUAGCAAAGGGCUCGCGGCUCCCAUUCAAACUUUCCCGCGACUUCAUUUCCCGCAAAACAGGUCAACUCCUCCUCCUGCGCGCGCAGCUCAAUCUCUACUCUGAACUGACCGACUCUCUUCCCGAUCUUUUCUGGGACUCCCGGCACGAACUCAACCUGGAAAACUACUACGAUCAAGUUGGGCGAGCGUUGGAUGUCGGAAUCAGGAUCAAAGUCUUGAACGAGAAGAUGGACUAUGCAGCUGAGAUUGCAACGGUGCUGAGGGAGAGGCUGAGCGAGAAACACGGGCUGUUCUUAGAGUGGACCAUCAUCGUACUGAUAGCAAUAGAGGUGGGAUUCGAGGUCUUGCGGCUGUGGAAGGAAGGCUUUUGGGAGGAAGUGUGGGAGAAUAGAGGAGUCGGGAAGGUAAAGACUCUGUAG